ACAACCCAUUCGAGAUGCGAGACCGCGUAGCGUCGAACGCUCCCUUCUUUUGUUGAUUUAUUUCGGCGUUCGGGUUCAAAAUGUAGUGACCGAAACCGUUCCGGGCAGUGUCCUGCGAGAUUCGCUACAGGUGUGUGCGGAGAUGUGAAGAACGAUGACGAUCGCUGGAGUUUGUGAUUUGGUGAAGUUGUUCUCGCUGCUGCUGGUGGUGUUACCGUUCUGCGAGAACGGUGGAGCAGUCCGGGCGAAGGCCAUCGGGAAUGUGACGUCGGAAGAAAUUGAUAAUGAAAUAAUUAUUAUUGUGUCGUCGUCGACGCAGCUGUCGAGCGUGGGAACCACCGAGGAGACGACAGUAAGGACAACAACGGACGGCAGUGUGCCAACGUUCGACCGGGACCAUGUGACACUGCGGGUACCGGACGAGCUGUUCGCGUCCAGUGCGAAUCUAACGCUUAAGUUGCGGGAUCUGAUUGGCGAUCUGUUGGUGAGAUCCGUCACCCGACUGGCCAAAAUGAUGCGGUUUUUCCAGCCCCUUUUCGGCGGUCAUCUCACGAUUGAAAUACCAAAAGAAUUGGAUAAAACCUAACGAAAAACCACGCCUAAUAGCUAGAUCAUUUUAUUAAAUAUCGUCCAGAAUAUAUCGAAUAAAAAGA